UACCCCUUAAUUGGUCAAUACUUAACCUUUUGUACACAAUACUUUGUAGUAUUACCUUUUGUAGUUGUAGUGGUGCUUGUCUGGUGGUGUAGCACAAUGGCUUCAGCUCACUAGCAGUUAAAAUGGGUGCGUCAUGGAAAAUAAGUGCUGUCUGUUACUGACGUGGAGAGAUAGUUCACGGGAUUUCAUCCGAGUUGCCCACUUAUGGGUAAAACGUAUAGGGUUUACUUGUUCGUGUAAUUAUUAUUGUACUUUAAGGCCUGUAAUGUAAAGUCAUUUGCUAUCCGUUUUGAUUUAAAUUAGUCAUUUACCACACCAGAGGGGAAAAGGCGGUCUGAUUCACCUUAUAUUACUGAAGUGGAGGUGUAAGCAUUUACAUUAAGACUCGCACAAUAAAACACCGAUGGUGUCCGACAGGUUAAAAAAAUAAUACAAUCAGCAUAACGACCUGCUGAAUUGUUUCACGACAGAUGCUUUCUUGCCAAUGCACAGACACGGUCUGUUAAUUUUUCUUUUUUAGCUUUCCGAGAGGUGCAGAAGAAUACAAGUGUAAAAAGAGUAAAACAACAACUAAUGUGUUGAUAAAAGCAAAAUUCUUUAAAUAUAUUUUUUAAAUAUAUUUUCAAGAGGGUGAAACCUCAGAAAGUCCCUUAUUUUCGAGGUGUAAUAUGUUGAUUGGUUGGAGUAAGAAGUGACGUAAGCAGGAAACUUGUAGCCCUGUUCACACAUGCAACCAGCUAAAUUACUGGAAAACUGUUGGGUUGCCUUUUCUGGUAAAUAUAGCGCAUGUGCUGUAACGCAUAUCAGUAUGGAAAUUUAUAGUUAAUGAUACAACUUCCAUCCAUCCAUCCAUCGUCAACCGCUUAUCCUGUGUACAGGAUCGCGGGGGGCUGGAGCCUAUCCCAGCUAACAUUGGGCGAAAGGCGGGGGACACCCUGGACAGGUUGCUGCAUCAUAGGGGAAGGAAGCAAACUCCUGUCACAUCAAUCUUUUUAUCUAUAAGAGUUUAUAUCAGUUUCCUUAUAUGAUCAUGUAUUCUGUAAUGGAGGACUAGACACCAAUUAUGGGGUGUCCAGCAGAGAGAGAGGCUUGAAUGGGGACACCCUGUGAUCACAUUGUCAUUUUGUUAAUUUGGAAUAUAUUUUACCAUUCAGAAUUACUUUUCACGUAAAUAUGUGUUACUGUCAGUAUAGUCUCAGUUUAUUUUUUUGUGAUCCUGGGUGAGUUAGAGGUGCAACCAUGGAGGGAUUUUUAUCUUAUACGCAAGUUCAUAACUGUUUGUUUGGUGAGGCAUGUGCUGUUCAUCAGUUUAUUGAGUUUUGGUUCAGUGCUAGUGAAGAAAUGUUUUACUUCCAUAAAGUUUUGGUUCAGUGCUAUUGAAGAAAUAUUUUUCACAGUGGACAAAACUUUUGUCAAAAACUUUUGUCCACUGUGGUGUAACCCAGUUAUGGGUUUUGCUCAGCACUCACACAGGGUAUUAUAUUCAAGCCUUUCUCUCUACUGGACAUUCCCUUUUCCUCUAUCUAUUUUUCAUGGAAAUUCUACAAAACAGUGCUUUCCUGAGGGGGUUGUGUCGGAAUAGCUCCCCUGCAGAUUUACAGUAUGAUAAUUCCUCUGAACUCUUUCGAAUAUCUACAUAUGCCAAGUUCCCCACUACUGCAGCCGUGACCGAGAGGAGUCUGGCCCGUGCAGGGUUUUAUUACACUGGAGUUGGGGAUCGCGUUCAGUGUUUCCGCUGCAAUGUGACUGCUGAGAACUGGCAGUCCGGUGACUGCCCCGCCGAAAAACACAAACAGCUGUCUCCAAACUGCAGCUUCAUCCAGAGUUUACCUGCUACCGCAAACCUUCUGUCAUCCUCCCACUCUGCCUUUUCACCGCUUCGCAAUGUAGCGGUCUUGCAGCUCUCUGCUCCUACAGGAGCAUCAACUACCACAGCAUCAUCAUCAGGCCAGACAGAGGAGCAGGGUGGUUAUCUUAACAUGGGUUUCAGCAACCUGGCCCCUUCCAGUCCCAUUGCCUCCCGUGGAGUGGAGGAUAUGUCUCACCAACGACCUCCAGCUUGUCACAAUCCUGGUAUGCGCCGGGAACAAGAACGACUUGAUACCUUUCAGAAUUGGACUCUUGCUACAGUAACUCCAGCUGAGUUGGCCAAAGCUGGUUUCUACCAUCUUGGCCAAGGUGAUAGGGUGGCUUGCUUCAGUUGCGGAGGCCAGCUUAGCAAUUGGGAACCAGGAGACAGGGCAGUAACAGAGCACCAGAGGCAUUACCCCAACUGCCGCUUUGUCCGAGGUGAUCGCGCAGAUAAUUUACCUAUAUCUGGUAGCGGCCUUUCCAAUGUAUCGAAUUCAGCAAUGCAACAGUGUGAAGAAAGGUUACUCACUUUUAUCAAUUGGCCCUCAAGAAUACCUGUUCGACCAGACCAGUUAGCUAAAGCUGGCUUUUACUAUGUUGGUCGCAAUGAUGAUGUAAAGUGUUUUUGUUGUGAUGGUGGACUCAGAUGCUGGGAGUCAGGGGAUGAUCCUUGGGUGGAACAUGCUAAGUGGUUUCCAAGAUGUGAGUACCUUUUGCAAGAGAAGGGCCAAGAGUUUGUUCAUCAGAUUCAAGCCCGAUUUCCAAGACUAUUUGAACAGCUCUUGACUAAUGGAGAUAGCAACUCAAGAGAAUUUGUUGAUCCACCUGUUGUGCACUUGGGUCCUGGCGAGGACCGUUCAGAAGAUGCAGUGAUGAUGAAUAAUCCUGUGGUGAAGUCAGCCUUAGAAAUGGGAUUUGAGCGUGGCCUGGUGAAGCAAACUGUCCAGAGCAAAAUUCUCACAAGUGGAGAGAAUUACAAAACCGUUCAAGAGCUAGUGUCUGAUUUACUAAGUGCAGAGGAUGAGAAGAGAGAGGAGGAGAAGGAGCUCCUUGCUGAAGAAAUGGCCUCUGAUGGUUUUACUUUCCUUAAGAAACAUCAUGCUGCCUUGGCACAACGCCUAAAAACUGUUCAGAGCUUAAUGGAUCAUCUUCUCGAGGAGAAUGUAAUUUCACAGAAAGAGUAUGACACCAUACGUAACUGUACUACAGUCAAGCAGCAGACUGGGCAGCUCAUUGAUUUAGUCCUGUCAAAAGGGAAUGCAGCAGCAGAGGUUUUCCGCAACUGGAUCAAGAAGAAUGAUGUGUACCUGUUGAGAGAACUUAUGGCCCAGACAAAUGAAGCUGCAUCACCGAGUCAAGAUCUUUCAGAUUUACCUAUGGAGGAACAGUUAAGAAGACUACAAGAAGAGCGCACCUGCAAAGUGUGCAUGGACAAGGAGGUCAACAUUGUGUUCAUUCCCUGUGGUCACUUAGUGGUGUGUAAAGAAUGUGCGCCUUCACUGCGCAAAUGUCCAAUAUGUAGAGGAUUGGUGAAAGGCACUGUCCGUACUUUCCUAUCAUAAAAUGAAUAGCUACAGUAUCCUUCUAGAAACCAAUUAACAAAACUGUUAUUGAAAUAAUGCUUAUUUUAUCCUAAAUUUAAAAGUUAAAGGAAAUUCACAUCUAUUAAAUGGGGAGGACAACUUUAACAAGCCAAAGGAAUGUUCUAUCUGGAUUUCAAUAAAGCCUUCUUAAAUAAAGAAUGAAACAUCA